ACAAAAACAGAAAUGAAGAGGAUCGUAAUGUUGUUUCAGAAAGCCCACUAGGUCCUCAACUUUCUUGUUUCCAUAUAAUAGUAGUAUAUGGAACACUGUAUAUACUCAUGCAUAUUCUAAAUUAAUAUAUUUUCAGAAGAGGGCCCAUAGAGGCUGAUACUCAAAUGGCGCUCGACUUGGAGGACCAAAUAGCUAACGAUCUGCAAACCAGUGAAGAUUCUGAUUCAGAAGAGGGUGAUAGUUUUCCUUGUGAAUGGGAAGCUGUACCCCAUAUUCAGUGUCCUGAGGUACCAGCAGGUCCGGUCAAUCUCCCGCUUCCCACGCAAAUGACGAGUACACAACAAGCGUCUAGUGUAGCAGGUGGUCUUGUUACCAGUGCUGCUAAUAGUAUAGUAUCAAUAUGGAAGGGUUGGACAGGCAGGUAGUUUUUUCUAUAUUUUAAAAACCGCCCUCGAUAGGUGACUAUUUAUUAUCAUGUUUGAAAACAGACAUUUAAAGUAU